AGACCGACAGGGUAUUGCUGGGCGUGGAGGAGGUUGGGGCCAGGUUUUUUGCUCUUUGUGACUUUUUCGUGCCUUUCAGAUGUGACGACUCUCCAUACGCCUUCUCACACGUGACCCGUGACUCAUGGGCCGAGGACUCUGCAUUUGGGACCCCCACCUCCACCUCCCCAAAAUGCAUUUCAUUCCCUUGUUAAUGUGUCAUUGUAGUUGACGCUUUGAGGAUAGGCAGGCUUGGUAGAUAAUAAAACAGUAUUUGGCUUAUGUUUAAUCGCUGUCUCCUCCCACAGCCCGAGAACGCCUUAGCGUCCUUCAAAAAGGAUUUGGUGGUGCUGUUUUUUAUGUGUGUGUGUGUGUGUGUGUGUGUUGUUUUUAAAAAAGUUUUUUUCCAAGGGACCCGGUCAAAGAUUUCAAGCCUUAAAUCUGAUCAACCCAAUCUGGGGCGGCGGCAGCUCAGUCUCUCCUCCUCGCUGUGCCAAUCUGUUUCUGUGGUGGCGGGUGGCGGCUCGGUGUUAAAUUUGGAGACCCCCGUGGGUUUCCCAUGCCGACCUGCAUAUGUCUGCAGGCGCAGGGAAGGGAGCGCCGCAGACCCCCGUUGAGUCCCCGACUGCCAGCAGCAAGUUGCCACAGGCGCACUGGCUCUGCAGCCCCGGGAUCAAGAGAGAACUCGAUGCCACCGCAACGGUAUUGGCGAACCGGCAGGAUGAAAGCGAGCAGUCCAGAAAGCGGCUUAUCGAACAGAGCCGGGAGUUCAAGAAGAACACUCCAGAGGAUUUGCGCAAGCAGGUAGCGCCGCUGCUGAAGAGUUUCCAAGGAGAGAUUGAUGCACUGAGUAAAAGAAGCAAGGAAGCUGAAGCAGCUUUCUUGAAUGUCUACAAAAGAUUGAUUGACGUCCCAGAUCCCGUACCAGCUUUGGAUCUCGGACAGCAACUCCAGCUCAAAGUGCAGCGCCUGCACGAUAUUGAAACAGAGAACCAGAAACUUAGGGAAACUCUGGAAGAAUACAACAAGGAAUUUGCCGAAGUGAAAAAUCAAGAGGUUACGAUAAAAGCACUUAAAGAGAAAAUCCGAGAAUAUGAACAGACACUGAAGAACCAAGCCGAAACCAUAGCUCUUGAGAAGGAACAGAAGUUACAGAAUGACUUUGCAGAAAAAGAGAGAAAGCUGCAGGAGACACAGAUGUCCACCACCUCAAAGCUGGAGGAAGCUGAGCAUAAGGUUCAGAGCCUACAAACAGCCCUGGAAAAAACUCGAACAGAAUUAUUUGACCUGAAAACCAAAUACGAUGAAGAAACUACUGCAAAGGCCGACGAGAUUGAAAUGAUCAUGACGGACCUUGAAAGGGCAAACCAGAGGGCAGAGGUGGCUCAGAGAGAGGCGGAGACUUUAAGGGAACAGCUCUCAUCCGCCAAUCACUCCCUCCAGCUGGCCUCACAGAUCCAGAAGGCACCAGACGUGGAGCAGGCCAUAGAGGUGCUGACCCGCUCCAGCCUAGAAGUUGAGUUGGCCGCCAAGGAGCGGGAGAUCGCACAGCUGGUGGAGGACGUGCAGAGACUCCAGGCCAGCCUCACCAAGCUGCGGGAGAAUUCGGCCAGCCAGAUCUCCCAGCUUGAGCAGCAGCUGAGCGCCAAGAACAGCACGCUCAAACAACUGGAAGAAAAACUCAAAGGCCAGGCUGACUAUGAAGAGGUGAAGAAAGAGCUGAACAUUCUGAAGUCCAUGGAGUUUGCACCGUCCGAGGGCGCUGGGACACAGGAUGCGGCCAAGCCCCUGGAGGUGCUGUUGAUGGAGAAGAACCGCUCGCUGCAGUCCGAGAACGCCGCACUGCGCAUCUCCAACAGCGACCUGAGCGGGUCAGCCAGGAGGAAAGGGAAAGACCAGCCUGAAAGUCGGCGCCCGGGAUCUUUGCCGGCCCCCCCUCCUUCUCAGUUGCCCCGCAACCCGGGGGAGCAGGCUUCCAAUACUAAUGGUACACACCAGUUCUCACCAGCGGGGUUAAGUCAAGACUUUUUCAGCUCAUCCCUGGCAAGCCCCAGCCUACCCCUGGCUUCUACAGGAAAAUUUGCACUAAACUCUCUUCUCCAGCGGCAGCUAAUGCAGUCCUUCUACUCCAAGGCUAUGCAGGAAGCCGGAAGCACAAGCAUGAUUUUUUCAACAGGUCCAUACAGCACAAACUCCAUAUCUUCCCAAAGUCCAUUACAACAAAGCCCAGAUGUCAAUGGCAUGGCCCCAUCCCCCAGCCAGUCAGAAAGUGCUGGGAGCGUCUCCGAGGGCGAGGAGAUGGACACUGCAGAAAUCGCCCGGCAGGUCAAAGAGCAGCUCAUUAAGCACAAUAUCGGACAACGUAUUUUCGGACAUUAUGUGUUGGGACUGUCUCAAGGGUCCGUGAGCGAGAUUCUAGCUCGACCCAAGCCAUGGAAUAAACUGACUGUUCGCGGCAAGGAGCCAUUUCACAAGAUGAAACAGUUCCUCUCCGAUGAGCAGAACAUCCUGGCCCUCCGUAGCAUCCAAGGCAGACAAAGAGAGAAUCCAGGCCAGAGCCUGAACAGACUAUUUCAGGAAGUACCGAAACGAAGAAAUGGGUCUGAAGGUAACAUCACCACCCGGAUCCGAGCCUCGGAGACUGGCUCUGAUGAAGCCAUCAAGUCCAUCCUAGAGCAAGCCAAGCGGGAGCUCCAAGUGCAGAAAACUGCAGAGCCGGCCCAGCCUUCCUCCGCAUCCGGCAGCGGGAACUCCGAUGACGCCAUCCGCUCCAUCCUGCAGCAAGCCCGCCGGGAGAUGGAGGCCCAGCAGGCCGCCCUCGACCCUGCCUUAAAGCAGGCACCGCUGUCCCAGAGUGACAUCACCAUCCUCACCCCCAAGCUUCUGUCCACCUCGCCCAUGCCCACCGUGUCCAGCUACCCGCCUCUCGCCAUCUCCCUGAAGAAGCCCUCCGCAGCUCCUGAGGCUGGUGCCUCUGCUCUGCCGAACCCCCCGGCCCUCAAAAAGGAGGCCCAGGACACCCCCGGGCUGGACCCCCAGGGAGCCGCCGAUUGUGCACAAGGGGUCCUGAGACAGGUGAAAAACGAAGUGGGCCGCAGCGGUGCCUGGAAGGACCACUGGUGGAGCGCGGUGCAGCCAGAGAGAAGAAACGCCGCCUCCUCCGAGGAGGCCAAGGCCGAAGAAACGGGCGGCGGGAAAGAGAAAGGUAGCAGUGGCAGCGGAGGUGGCAGCCAGCCUCGGGCCGAGCGCAGCCAGCUCCAGGGACCCUCGUCAUCAGAGUACUGGAAGGAGUGGCCCAGUGCCGAGUCCCCAUACUCCCAGAGCUCAGAGCUGAGUCUGACCGGGGCCAGCCGCAGCGAGACGCCUCAGAACAGCCCCCUGCCAUCCUCCCCGAUCGUGCCCAUGUCCAAGCCCACCAAGCCCUCGGUCCCCCCGCUGACCCCUGAGCAGUACGAGGUCUACAUGUACCAGGAGGUGGACACCAUCGAGCUCACCCGGCAGGUUAAGGAGAAGCUGGCCAAGAACGGCAUCUGCCAGAGAAUCUUCGGGGAGAAGGUGCUGGGCCUGUCCCAGGGCAGCGUCAGCGACAUGCUGUCCCGACCGAAGCCAUGGAGCAAGCUGACGCAGAAAGGCCGAGAACCCUUCAUCCGGAUGCAGCUCUGGCUGAACGGCGAGCUAGGCCAGGGUGUUCUACCCGUCCAGGGCCAGCAGCAAGGGCCAGUCCUCCACUCUGUGACGUCGCUCCAGGACCCGCUGCAGCAGGGCUGUGUGAGCUCAGAAAGCACUCCAAAGACCUCCGCCAGCUGCAGCCCUGCCCCUGAGUCCCCGAUGAGUUCCAGCGAGUCGGUGAAGAGCCUGACCGAGCUGGUCCAGCAGCCCUGUCCCCCCAUCGAGGCAAGCAAGGACGGCAAACCACCAGAGCCCAGUGACCCGCCAGCAUCCGACUCCCAGCCCGCAACCCCGCUGCCUCUCUCCGGACACUCGGCCCUCAGCAUCCAAGAAUUAGUAGCCAUGUCCCCGGAGCUGGACACCUACGGCAUAACCAAGCGGGUGAAGGAGGUGCUGACGGACAACAACCUCGGCCAGCGCUUAUUUGGGGAGACCAUCUUAGGGCUCACCCAAGGCUCUGUCUCCGACCUCCUUGCCCGCCCCAAACCCUGGCAUAAGCUCAGUCUGAAAGGACGAGAGCCCUUCGUCCGGAUGCAGCUGUGGCUGAACGACCCCAACAAUGUGGAGAAGCUGAUGGACAUGAAACGGAUGGAGAAGAAAGCCUACAUGAAGCGGCGGCACAGCUCAGUCAGUGACAGCCAGCCCUGCGAACCGCCCUCCGUCGGCACCGAGUACAGCCAGGGCGCCAGCCCCCAGCCCCAGCACCAGCUGAAGAAACCCCGGGUGGUGCUGGCUCCAGAGGAGAAGGAGGCGCUGAAACGAGCGUAUCAGCAAAAGCCAUACCCGUCACCAAAAACCAUCGAAGACCUCGCCACCCAGCUCAACCUGAAAACCAGCACCGUCAUCAACUGGUUCCACAACUACAGGUCUCGGAUUCGCAGAGAACUGUUCAUUGAGGAAAUUCAGGCUGGGAGCCAGGGCCAGGCGGGCGCCAGCGACUCACCCUCGGCCCGCAGCGACCCAGUCCGCGGCCUGGACCGCUUCGCGCACUUACCGCCCUGCGGGCCACAGGGCAAAAUCGCCAUAGGCCAAGGUGCAUAUAGAAAACAAAGGAGCAUUAAGCCCAAUCUAUGUCGAGUUUUCAAGGAAGAAAACGGAAAUGUGUGGUCGAGCUUUUUUGUACCCUGA